AAGAAGUGUUGCCAUUUGGCCUCAUUUCACCGUCCUUUGACUUUGGGGAUGGAUGGGGGCGUUCGACUUCAACUCAAGGCAUAGUAGUAGUACCACGUGUCGCGUGCUUGCUUUUCUGACAGUAUAUAUUGCAAUUGAUGCAUACUGGGUGGUGAUACUGUUGGAAAUCAGUUUUCCAAGAAUGUGCAUUUAGCCAAUUCAAUUGGACUCGGAAACAGCAGGACGAGACGGAACACGGAAUGGAUGAAAGAGAAAGCAUAAGCGAUGACGACGGUGCUAACGACAGCAGCGGGGCUGGUGCAUCGCCUACUGAAAGACGAGGAAAUGAGGUGGAUGAAACCCUGAACCUCGGUCAAGAGACUGCAAAUCAUCCCCCGACCCAGGACACUGUGCUGACAGCACCAAUGGCUGAUCUGCUGCAAGAGGCAGCAUCGCACCUGGGUGCGAGCGCUAGUUCCCAGUCAUCUGUUUUGCCUGCUGGGGCGGGCAGUCAAGACUGGCUGGAAGGCUUGACAGCACCCGAUUUGGAUCUGGAUAGUUCUGGUGGCUCUGAUACGGCAGACGAAGAAGGUAGUCAGUCUUCAGUACUGCUGUCCUUGCCUCAUCACACACGUGCGGCUGGUAGCAACAGCAGUACCGCCGGUGGCCAGGCUAGUCCUGAAGACCAGGACCCACAUAUCCAACAGCAGCAACGACAACAGCAGCUGGGUGUUGACGUUGAACAUGAAAGACAAGAAAUGCCCAUCCACACAGCGAGGGACGCUGGCCAAGAUGACGCUGCACUGCUGCAGCAGACCAUGGAGGGAACAUCUCUAUUAGCCAGGCAACCAUCAAGAGAGCAGUUAUCAUCUGCUGAUGACUCUGCCAGCACAGGCAGUGAUUAUCCCGGCAUGGAUAAUGACUCAAACAGCUCAUCAUUCGGCGUGGCGGCUGAGACCUUUGCUGAUCAUUAUGCUGAAAUGCUACAAAUGGAUGAAGAAGAGCGGCAACGAAACUCUGAGGGACGCCAUUACGCUUCCUCCUCCAGUGAUAAUCGGCUGCGGCUGCACACCGAGUUCCUUGAUGAUUGUGAUCUGGAGCAAGUCAUCCGGGACCUUGAGCUCCUUCCUCCCGACCCCGGAGCUGCUCACCGCACCCAGCCAGUGACUAGUGCCGUCAGUGCCUGGUACAACGUCAACACCAGCCGAGCAAACAUGGCUGCUGCUGCUGCACAUCGAUCUAGAUCUGCUAGUGACGACAGUGGCGGCAGUGAUCCCAUGGGGGCUGGUUACGAUGACCAUGCAGUUCACUACGAACAAUUUGCAGCUGAUCAGCAGCAGCAAUCUCAAAGCAUGUCCCCGCAGCAAUCUGAUCAGGUUGCCACACGGGAGAAAUCUGCGUUCCAUGAUCCCGGCCUAAGCAAGGAUGUAGAGGAAACAACAAAUAAACUCUGGGGUGAUCACCUCGUGCGUAAAGUACGCGAGGAGUUCCCUCUCCCGGAACGUAGGUCGCAACAGCCGGCAACAACCAGCCAAGGAACAAGUACGCAAGGAAUAAGCGCCGGAGUGUCCGCCUGGGCCGACUAUAUCCACCAGCAGGAACUGGAGCAAACUGGCGGCUCACCAAACGUACUCACCAGUAGCCGGAGUGAUGCGGCUGCAUCUUCAAACACAGCAACCCAAAGCCAGGAUGAAGAUCGUGAUGUUGAUGAGUCAUCGGACACCGCUAAAGGGGCCUCAUCAACUCAGCCCACUGCAGCAACGGUUGAUCCAGGUUUCGAGUAUCGCCUAUUGCUUGGUGAACCAGCCACGCGGCAUGACCUUACUUUUGAAAGCUCAUUGUCAAUCCCGGAGCACCUACGUGAAGGAAAUCGCUAUCUCUCAGUCCGUGGAGCCCACCAGCAUCUACGUAGCAGUGAAAUGAAGGAAGUCAUGCAGUUCGGACCGCCAGCUGGCAGAAACCGCCAGCACUCCUAUCAGUAUCAAGGGCGUCAUGAAGGUUUAAGUCUACCCUCUCCGGGCUAUCGUCCGUGGCAGAAUUGCGAGUCACUGAUAAAACAGGUAGUGGAGGCCUGGAGGAAGAAACGGUCGGUAGAGGAAAGCCUGCGCUUGUUCCCUAACAUUCAGCCAAUGGUUAACUUGCACUAUACCUUCUCGUCGCCAAAGCAAACUGUAUCACGCAUCGCCUUUAUGGACGAGCCGCGAGAUCGAUUGGCAUCUGCAAUAUUCCAUGCGACUGUAUUGUUAUCAAACACCGGAGAUGCUGUAAGGGAUACUGACCAGGCCACAGCAACCGCAGCAUCAUCCAUGCUGCGUGCUGGGAAAGGCAAAGAUCGGCAAACUAGAAGUGUUCCUCUGCAUUACUACUCCAAUUUUGCUCACACAUUUGGCGUGGAGAUGUCCAGCGUUGGUUACAUUGCACUGCUGGUCUGGUUCUGCAAGAUGGCCGCCAGCACCACUACCGCUACGUCCUCUUCUACUGAUAUGGAUGGCAGGGCUGGCUGUUCAGACCCUUACAACCUGCAACAAGCACCAUUCAGAGUCGUGGCUCUGCAGCAAGAGGUGAACUUCCCGCAGCGCCAGCAACUGUCCAUGCUGUUCAUGCCCAAGGAUGGUGUUAACCAAGCUAAGAUUGAGCAGUACCUAAGCAGCUUUACUCUUGUGGACCUUGUGACACACGUCGGUUGUGAUGAUCUCGCCGACACUCAUCUCUAUGAUGUUGAUUUGAGUGAUGUCAUCAAGCUGGAGAGAGGCAAUCACGAAACCAUUGGCCAGUUCAAUAAUGAGAGCUUCUUCCCUGGCUACUGCAAAGAAGCUGCUACAGCAGUGGCUGCUUUCAUGGCCCCGUGUGGUGAACAGCAGAGACUCAUUUAUGAUGUGUACACUGAGAAAGGCUGUGUGACUGAACCGAACAUGACUGUAACUAAUCUCUCCACUGCCUGGCUCCAGGAUGCAACCUCUGCUGUGUCCGUGUUCCGUGCAAUACAGAGCAUAUCGGCUUCGUUAGUGGGUGUCCGCUUGAUCUUCAGCCACCAUCUUACCAGGUCAAGCUCAACACUUCCUGAUGCAGCAUCAGAAGGAGGUGGGCAGCGUGUCAAUGCAGCCAUCGCAAUGUAUGGACCAGAUGCAAGAAGACGCUGGUUGAACGCGGUGCAGUCCUGCACUACUGGGCACCUCAGUUCUCCAGCUACACUGGCUAUGCACCACCACCACCACCAGCAGCAGCAGGGAGGCGAUGGCAGAUUAGCCGCAUCAACGAGCACUGUAGCAAGUGAUGAUGGCAUCAAUGGCACCGGUGAUAUUAGCAGUGAUGACGAUGAUGAUGCUGGCACUGAUGCAUGUUCAGAUAACACUGCACCAGCAGCACCUGUGAAUUUUGAGCUGGAGCCAUUCUUGCUGCCGGCACCGGAAACGAACGAUGAGGCCUGGGCAUACGCUAGCCAGUUGUUUGGACCUCGGCUUGCUCUAAAGGAUCCGCGUGAGCUGAAGCUAAGCAUCGCCCGUGCUAGCAGUCUCCUUGCUUUGCCGCCUCGUCAUGUCUACCUGCUAGCAAUCUCAGAUGCCUGUACUAGCACAGUGGCCUUUGCCAUUCGCACCUGUCAUCACUAUGGUAUUCAGCCACUUCGCAUUAACCGCACUCAUCUCUCCAAGCACUGGCAACACCAGUUAUGCAUGCCAGAAGAGGCAGCAGCAGCAGUGGCACCAGCAGGGGCAGAUACGGCUGCUACUGGUGCUGCGAAGAGCAGUCGACCAUGCCUGCUGGUCAUGGCAAUGUCACGGAGUGGCCUACACCCUGUGCGUCAAGUCUGCGAGGCCAUCAACCGCCGGCAACCUUCCCUGACUGCCCCCGAAUAUGCCGUGGGACAUCAGAUGACAAGUGCGCUGUCACCACUGGUCCGUGGAGGACCAUGGUCGAUGACCAGACCCUGGUCAAGCGCUCGUCAGUUCAAUGUCAGCAGCCGCGAUGAGGAGCAGCUGGUAACACUGGUCGUGCUCAACAAGGCCAUGCAUGUCCUGCAUGAACUACUGUCUAUACUCUGCAGCAAUGCUGACGACAGUGCUGACAGUGCUGCAGUGCAUAGUGAUGGUGAUGAUGGCAGUGCUGACGACAGUGCUGCAGUGCAUAGUGAUGGUGAUGAUGGCAGUGCUGGUGGAGCUCCUCUGGAUGGUGCAUGCUCACACAGUCUAUUGGGAAGCAUUGAACACACACCCAUGGAACUACUUGGUAUUCGGCUGGUCAUAGACGCCGAGCCAGUCACCACCGAAUUCCUUCACCCUGUCUACGACAAGGAGGUUGAUGGCAACACGGAGGGGUUCACCUGUGUUCUUUGCCUUCGUGGUGUCAAUGCUCAGGAGCGUCUGACACAAUUGGUGUCGGAAAUCCGCAAACUGAUGCCAGGAAUCCUGUGCGCGCAGUCACCUCGCCUUGCUAUGCAUUUGGCAUGCAUGUGGUUCAGCAAUGGUGAUGCACUGUACGCUGAUCCAUCGCAACGUGUCAAUCGUCAUCUGCAGCCACCCGCGGCAAAGUUCACUGCGCUGCACCGCGAGCUGGUACCGCCCAAUGACGUUCUCUUUCCUUGGCUAGGGGAGAGAAGGCUGGUCGCUGGCGUGGUCACCGCCACACCACUGCUCUCUGCGCGGGCUAACAACAAUGGCGUGGCAGCUGCUGCUGGCACCGGGCAGUUCGUGCGGCUCAUGCGGCACCUUGCCUUUCACGGCUUUCUACUUGUCGGAGCUAGAAUGGUGCAGAUGAACCAGGCUGAAGCAAGACUAGUGCUCAACGAUGUCACCGAUACUGGACCUUCCAAGCAACCGCAAUGUCCUAGCGCUGGAAGAACUCAAUCAGCUGACAGUACUGGAAGCAGUGACAGCAGUGCUGACAGUGGUAACCACGGCAACAGCAGCAGUACUGUCAUUGGUAACCAUGGAGGCUAUGCCGGGAUCGUAGGCCAAGUCCAAGGUGCCGACCUGACGGCCGGUGCUAGCCUAGUCCUGUGCGUUAUCAGAGAGAACUGUGUGGAGAGGCUGCAGUCGGUGGUGACGCCAUCUGAUGCUGCCAAUGAUGUGAUUGUAUUCGACUCCGUGCCUGGUGGUGUCUUAGUGCCCCAGAGCUUUGCUCAUGCCACCGCUCAAGUGAAGCACUUCUUUCCUGGUGGCUUGCUGUUGGAGAGACAAACAUUGGAUAUGCGCAUUCAAAAGAUUUUCGCCAGUGCUGUCGACGAAGAACUGUCGGUGGAGAGAUGUCGGGAUGUUGCGUGCGGUGAGCGACUCAUUGCAUGCGACACUGACCAUGAACAGCAGCAACAGAUAAUGUCUCGCUCUCAGCAUAAUGCUGCUCAUGACGGUGAUGAUGAUGAUGAUGAGCUGCAGACUGAUAGGGGAGAAUGGCAGCGUAUACCACUUGUUAUCCCUCCACCUCUUGUUUGGACUGAUGAGAAGGCUAACCUGCUGCUUGGUGAGCCCUUGGCUACGCCGUACACUAGCUUACUGGGUGGUCUCCUGUCGUGUGGCCUGCGCUUGGUGGCACUGAAGAUGCUGCGUCUCACUCGUACACAAGUGAUUGACCUGCGUCUGAGCUGUAAGCUCUUCGCAAACAGAAGUCAAGAAGAGCUGACGUGUGGGCCGUCAAUGGUGGUCGUCUUGGAAGGACCUGGAGCAUUCUCAGGCUUUGCGGCCAAGCUGGCAAGAGUUCAGAAAGACAGAACACCGACAGCAGUAGCAGCUGCAGGCGUGGGUGCAACGUCAAACUGCCCUAUUGGAUAUCCCAGAGCAGCAGCAGAGGCAAGACGCAUCUUGGCGUACAUGUUCACGGACAUACCACAGCAAAGCAGCACCACAGCAUGGUAACAAUGUGCGCGGCCUGGGCCGAUGUGGACUUGCUCAUGGCUACUCCAGUAUGACUGCAGAGCAAGCUGGGCCGCACGAAGGAGAACGCAGCAGAAGUCAUAGUCAAGAGCAAGCGGAUCAACAGCACACCCAGCCUAUUCUACUCAUCAGUAGUGUGUGGCUCAGUGUGUGUGUAAACACUGUGCAGGCGAAGUAACAGUUACACCAACAUGUCAGUAUUCUAGCAACAGAUCACUAUUUCGCCGGGCUGUCAGAGUGUAUGCUGGUACGCCCUGAUCUAUUCCUCUCGCACAUUGAAAUCAUUCUCUUGACAUAUUCCAGGUCUGAUUGUGACUAAAUGCAUGUGCAGGGCCAACUCUAACUAAAACUAAAAGACAACCAAGCCGGCAGCUGACAGAAUGCAACGGAUGCUAGUGUGGCCUUACAAUGACAAUGCAUGUAAUGUAGCGUGAACAUGGUGAAGGCAGUCUCAAGCAACUGCUGUAGCGUGAAGGCAGUCUCAAGCAACUGCUGUAGCGUGAAGGCAGUCUUAAGCAACUGCUGGUGCCGAAUUUAGGGUCACAGUAUACCUGACGAUUGAACUGCUGCUGACCAUUUCUUCCACCGCACCACA